AUGUGUCAAUAUACAAAUUUCAAGGAAUUUUUGACAAGCGAAUUAUUGCUAAUUUCUUAUUUGCUUCGCGAAUCAUAUGUUUUGGUGCCAAAUANCAAAACACUAAAACACCCAAUUUUUGCUCCUUCUAAAUUGGGGCGCACUGACGAAAAUAAGCUGCAAUUAGUUCCAAUUGAAUAUUUAUUAAGCGAAUGUAAGACAAAAAAUGUUUGUAUUAUGGGUUUGUUGUCGCAGAUAACUGAAGGACACUUUUACUUGGAAGAUUAUGGUGGAUCAGUCAAGUUAAAUCUGAAAAAAGCCAGUUUUAACUCUAGUUUGGUUGUGGAAGGUUCAAUUGUUUUAGCCACUGGUAAAUACUCAGAUAAAGUAUUGCACGUAGACAAUAUUGAUUUUCCACCACAUGAAGCUCCAGACGAAAGUAGAGUGAAUUUUGGUGAUGCCAAUGUUUUUGGUGGCCCCCAUCCAUUGUCGUUGAGAUUUUCAGAUAAAUUAAAAUUGUUCGAAGACAGUAAUUCGGCAAAUUUUUUCGUUUUUAUUUCAGAAUUUUGGGUAGACAAUGAAGUAGUUUUAAGUAAAUUUGAAAUUUUAUUAUCUGGUUUCUCGGAAAGUCCUCCUGUUGCCAUUGUACUGUGUGGACAUUUUUCCAAUUCUACAUCAAAUGUUGCAAGUGCUAAAAAGUUAAGAGAGGGGUUUAAAAAAGUAGCUGGAAUCAUUAGUCGAUAUCCACUGAUACAUCAAAACACUAAAUUUAUAAUCGUGCCUGGACCUUUUGAUUUGAGUGCUCCGAAAAUUUUACCAAGAGCACCUCUGCCAAAGUAUAUAAUGGAAGAUUUUUUGAAAGUAGUUCCAGGAACGUAUUUAGCUACAAACCCUUGCAGAAUACAAUAUUGUACAAAAGAAAUUGUUGUUUUUAGAGAAAAUAUGUUGUCCAAAUUGUCCAGAAAUACUCUAUGUUAUCCUAAAAAGGAAAUAGAUGAAAACGGCCAAGAGAGAGGAGAAAAAGUUUAUGAAGCUUUUGCUAAAUCGAUUAUUCGCCAAUCGCACCUGACUCCGUUAUUAUUUUCAACGAUUCCUGUAUACUGGAAACAUGAUCACGCACUUCAACUUUAUCCAACACCGGAUUUACUUGUUGUGGCUGAUGAUUUUCAAUCUUAUACCACAAAGUACAAUGAAUGCCAAGUUACAAACCCAGGAUCAUUCGUUAAGAGUAAUUUUUCAUUUAAAGUGUACUGUCCAAAAGAAAAUUUAGUUGAAGACUGUGAUAUACCUGAUGACACUGAACUUUAAGAUAAGGAACCAAAAAAAUAAAUUAAGUGAAUGGGCACG